UUGAUUUAAUGCUGAGAACAUAACAUCAAACAAUGUUUGUAUGUAUCUCUAUGUUUUUCUUGUUGAAUCCCUUCUAUAGCACAUCAAAAGGUUCUCAGCACUAUCAUGUGUGUUCUGGAUAAACUGUCAUCAUUCAAGCACAAUAAAUUAGCAGGUUUUUUCAUUAACCUUAUCUUCUCAAGUUAGGCAAUCAAAGCUCUCAAGUCCUGAAUAUCAAAAGAUGAAGUUACUUGGUUGGAUGCAUAGAAAGUUUCGCCAGAAUAGCAAUGAACCUUUCAAAGACUUGGUCAUUGGGAAUGCUUGCAAUUGUCUUUCAGGGCAGCCAUCACUUGAUGAUGAAGAAAACUACCUCAAACCAAGCCAUGGGAUCAAACCCUUCAAACAAACCCAGAAAAGCCAAAGUCUUAGGAAAUCUUUUUCUGGUGUGGAAGCAACAGGAGUAGUAGAUCAUGAAGACUAUGAGGGAGAAGAACCUUCAGCUGCUAUGAGUGAUCUCUUCCCUGGCUUCUUUUCAAUUGGAACUCUUGGUUCAGAACAAGUAGUUACUUCUUACCCAUCAACACCAACAUUUGCAAUCUCUGUUGAGAGCAUAACUGAGAAAGAAGAUGAAGUCACUGAGAAUGAUCUUAAACUCAUCAAUGAUGAGCUAGAGAAAGUGCUAGGAGCUGAAACCAAGGAUGAUGUUGUCAGCAAUGAUUCAUCUAGCAGAAAUAGCCAUGUCAGCACUGGGAGAAGCAGCCAUGUCAGCACUGGGAGAAGCAGCCAUGUUAGCAUAAUAACACUCAGUGGAAAGCCAAUAGAUGGUGCUGCUGCAGAAUCAAAUGGGAAUAAUAAUAAUGGAACUGCAAUUUGUCCACUCCAGGAAUAUCUCUUUGGAACAGCUAUUGAAUUAUCUGAAACAACAACUACAGUGGCAAAGAAAGAACACAGGACUUCACUUGGGGAGCUGUUUCAGAGAAGCAAAUUAGCUGAGGAGAAUUAUGGUGCUAAAAUUGAAAAGGAGGAAAGAAGAGCUGAGAGGGAAGGAGAUAAAUCUGCUAUGAACUUGAUGAAAGAGAAGCUGAAAAGAAGAAUGUUGCAUGCUUGUUCUAGGAAUUCUACAUCAACAAGUGGUGGCCCUUUUGAUUCUGCUUCAGCAGAUACAAAACUGAAUAAGAUUCUUCAUAUGUUCCGCAAGAAAGUUCACCCUGAAAGCUCAACAGCUGCACACAAGUCAACUAAGCACAGAAAGAAUGAGAACAAGAAGAAGAUAAUCAACGAUGGAGGCCACACCAAAGGUGACCUGGGGCAUCCAGAUGAAGACUCAUCUGCUAUCAGGGAGCAUUGGAUCAAAACAGAUGCAGAUUACUUAGUUCUAGAGCUCUGAAAGGCAAAGAAGAACUGAGCUGAUUCUAAGUGUCAUAUCCUCUAUUUGUAAUAAGUAAUGUUGUGUUUGUGCUAUAAUUUUAAUUAUUUGUCAGUACUUGUAACAAAAACCAAACUUGCUUAUUAUACAAGAAACAGCUUGGGUGGAAUGAACGAAUA